CAGCGUCGAUUCACUUCCCGUAUGAGCGUCCCAUGAGUUUAAUGCUUCCCCGUCUUACACGAAUGUGUGCAAUUGCCAGCCAGAGGUGAACAUGGCUGAAGUUUCGGAGAGGACCCUCCAAGUGGCCGUGGUGGUCUCCUUCGCUGCCGGCUGUGUGGCGGGCUGGCAGGCGAACAGAAUGAGGAGAAAGUUUCUGGACUGGAGGAAGAAGCGGCUGCAAGAUAAACUGUCAGAAACUCAGAAGAAGCUGGAUCUGGCUUGAAUGGUUUGGUGGCUGUCUGGUCUAAUUGGAUGCUGGUCUUCUCUGUAGAGCUGCUGGAUGUUCUACACCUCUAUCACUGUGGAGAAGUGACCUCAACACGACCUACUUGUGUUCUGCACUACCUACAUGUUCCUAUAACACUUUUAAAAUCAAGACUGGACUUGAUAUAUAUAUAUUCUAUGGGCAAUCGAUGGGAAUACAAUAUUUACCUACACACAAGCGCUUCUUUUCUGCCCUCAGACAAUAACUUGGAAAAUGUUGACAUGGCGUCAGUGGGUUUUCCGUUCCUGGGUGUCUGUAUCAUACCUUGACAAAUAAAUUAUUGUGUUUUUCAUGUUUCUCU